AUGGAGUACUGGAACAAAAGCGAGCUUAUCCAUCAUAUGAGUCGCCUUGGGUGCUUUGAUGCUCAAAAUGCGGAGACUUCAAUUUGUAAGAAACUUUUAGACUUAUUAAUUCCAAAGAACGAAAGCUUCAACUACGAUAACUCAGGAAGAGUGAACGAUGACUAUAGUGUAGUGAAUCGCGUUGCAAUAGCCAGCUAUUCUUUGGCAAUAUUUCUAAAUUGUGCAUUAUUAUGGAUAAUGUAUAAAGAUCCAUUGAAAAGAUUUCGUACUCCAUCAGCUUUGCUUCUUGCUAACCUCGCUAUCUCUGAUUUGUUUG